GCUCGCCGCCUUCCUCCUCGCUCUCGGCCGGCUCCGCGGGCCGCGCCAUGGCCCGGGCGGCUCCGUGAUCUCGCUCCAUGGCACCUUCUCGCCGCUGAGCCUCUUCGCUCGCCAUGCCGAGCGGCAGCAGCCCCGCCGCCACCAGCGGCCCCGCCGAGCCGCCUCCCCUCUCCCCGCGGCGGCGGCUCCAGCAGCGCCUCGACAGCCUCGGCCUCCGCCAGCGGGAGGGGGGGGCGCGGCGGGAGGAGGAGCUGGAGGAGGAGGAGGAGGAGGAGGAGGAAGAGGAGGAGGAGGAGGACGACCCGUCCGCGCUGCUAUUGCUCCCCGCGCCCUCCUCGCCCUCGCAGUCGCUGCUGGCGCUGGGUUCCGUCCUGCUCUCGCCUUCCCCCUUCGAUGCGCAGGAGAAGGCGGCGGCCGGGCGGCUGUGCGGCGAGGAGGAGGAGGAGGAGGAGGAGGAGGAGGCUGCGGGAGUGAUGGCGGCGAUGAUACCCAACAGGCACCACCACCGCAACAGCAGCCACCCCUGCGGCGGGGGAGCCGCGGGGAUGCAAGGAGAAACCACCGCCCUGCUCCGGAGGAAGAGCGUCAACACCACCGAGUGCGUCCCCGUGCCCAGCUCCGAGCACGUGGCCGAGAUCGUGGGGCGGCAAGGUUGCAAAAUAAAAGCGCUGAGGGCCAAGACAAAUACUUACAUUAAGACCCCUGUUCGUGGAGAAGAACCCAUCUUUGUUGUCACUGGACGAAAAGAGGAUGUAGCCAUGGCCAAAAGGGAAAUUCUCUCAGCUGCUGAGCACUUCUCCAUGAUCAGAGCAUCACGCAACAAGAACGGUCCUGCCCUGGGAGGCGUGCUGGGUACCCCCAACCUGCCAGGUCAGACCACGGUCCAAGUCCGGGUGCCUUACCGCAUGGUUGGACUCGUGGUGGGACCCAAAGGAGCUACCAUCAAAAGGAUCCAGCAGCAAACACACACCUACAUAGUCACUCCCAGCAGAGACAAGGAACCUGUCUUUGAGGUAACGGGGAUGCCAGAAAACGUCGACCGUGCGCGCGAGGAGAUUGAGAUGCACAUAGCCAUGCGUACGGGCAACUACAUCGAGCUCAGCGAAGAGAACGAUUUCCAUUACAACGGUACGGAUGUCAGCUUUGAAGGAGGCGCUCUCGGAUCUGCAUGGCUUGCUUCUAAUCCUGUCCCUCCUAGCCGCACAAGGAUAAUUUCUAAUUAUAGAAACAACAGCUCCAGUUCUUUGGGAAGUGGCUCCACAGAUUCCUAUUUUGGAAGCAAUAGAUUGGCUGACUUCAGCCCAACGAGUCCAUUCAGCACAGGCAACUUCUGGUUUGGAGAAACGCUGCCUACAGUGGGCACAGAAGACCUUGCGGUCGACUCUCCCGUGUACGACUCCUUACCAACGCCUUCCCAAACCAUUUGGACUCCUUUUGAACCCGUAAACCCUCUCUCUGGCUUUGCUAGUGACACCACUACUAACGCCAAGCCUCUGUGCCGAGGGAGCCAGCCAUCUACUCCUCGCCUGUCGCCCACAUUUCCUGAAAGUCUGGAUCACCCGCUGGCUCGGAGAGUGAGAAGCGACCCACCUGGUAUCUGCCACCAAGCUGGCCUUCCCAUAUACAUCCCCGCUUUCUCCAAUGGUACCAACAGUUAUUCCUCUUCCAACGGCGGCUCCACCUCCAGCUCGCCCCCCGAGUCGAGACGGAAGCACGACUGCGUGAUCUGCUUUGAGAGCGAAGUCAUCGCGGCCCUGGUCCCCUGCGGCCACAACCUCUUCUGCAUGGAGUGUGCCAACAAAAUCUGUGAGAAAGAAACACCAUCAUGUCCUGUUUGCCAGACAGCUGUUACUCAGGCAAUCCAAAUUCACUCUUAAAAAAAGAAAAUAUAUAUAUAUCUAUAUAUAUGCUAUUAUAUAUGGACUUUUUUUAACUCUCAAAGGCAUGGGUGUAAUGGUACCCUCUAGUAAACUUCCUAAUGAGCUCUGACUGUUGGGCUUUCUUGGGACUAGGCUGAAGUUGUUAAUAAAUGUCUACUUUCUCAAGCGGCUGCUACAGUAACACUAAACCUGGUGGUCUCUGUCUGGCUGGUCAGCAGGGUAAGCAGAGGUACGUCUGCUGGGGUGUUACAGCACAGCAAAGGGGAAAUUUGGAUUGAUAACACAACUGGUUUCACAGGAUCUCAGCAAAGCGUUUGCCUUCUGUACGCUGGCAGCAACAAACCUCAUCACCUGAAACGCAGGAGCUGCUCGUCUGCCCGUGGAGGGUUCCUGGCAUUACUGAUAUCAAACAACACUUCCAACGCUGCCUUCUUUACACUGCCAGUUUUGCAAAACAGGUUUGGGAAAAUGUGUUAUUUUGUGCUUUAUGCGACAACUUAUGCCUAAUUCUUCGGUAUUGCAAGUCCCUUUUGUUUGGUUUUUUUUUUUUAAAUCCAGUUGGAUUUAUUGAAAUAAACAAUGUUAUUGGCAGGUUUAGGUGAUGAAUUGUGGUCAGAGGAGGAGAGAAGCUGCCUGGCACAUCUCCGUUUUGCCCGGAAGUGGCUGAAAAGUGUAUUCAGAGGAUCAGGAACUUCUGGAUUUAUGGACUCCCACCUACUACUUCUUUUAACGUAACAUGGAAAAGUCUGUCUGGCUUCAUCCCGUUUCAGUAAGGGCUUCGGGGUACACGUACUUUGAUAGUGAGGAUGCUGACAUUCCGUUCGUUAGUCUAAUCAAGCUGUUCUUGAAUCACAUUUUUAGGGUGUGUAGAUCAAAAAUGUGAAGCGUUUUUAUGUUCAAUCCAUAUUUGUCUUGCACAUGUAUAAUAUAUAUACAUAUUAAUUGCCAUAGGGAAAAGGAGGAAUGGGGGAGCUGCAUGCGUGCCCUCGCGUUUCUCGUGGCAGCAGCCGCGACAGCGCCCACACCAUCAGUUUUACAUCAUUUCAAAACCGUCUUUCCAAUCAUGAUGGAGGAAAAAAACAAAACUCCUUAAGGAUGCGCUUCUUACAUUUCAGCCUGUGGAUGUUUUUUAGCUCGUUCAUCCUCAGUAUGUUCCCAAAUCUGUGCUGGCGUAUAUUAAACCACAGAAAAAAAAGACAUACAAGUGGAGUUAUGGUGGAUUUUUUCUAUUUUUUUUUUUCUUUGUGAAGCAUUAUUUUUCCCAAGACUAAAGCUUUUCUUUUUCAGUGUAACGAGAAUAAAUCGUACACGUAUCGACCUAAGUAAAUACACAGAAAACUUUUAUUUUUUAUUUCCACUUGAAGAGUUACAUUUCGUAUGAAAGUUUACAGAAUAACGGUUCUUAUUUUACAUUUUUUUUCCAGUAUACGGAGCCGCCUUGACGGCGUUAAUUACGCACCGUGUUAACUUCAGUGCUGUAAUCGCUUGUUAGCGUAGCCGCGCGUCAGUAUUGAAACCUAACCUCGAGCUGUGGCCCUGUAGGUAAUGAACAAAAUGCUCGCCACGCAUGUGUUUUGUAUUUUACUGCGUCGCACGCGGCAACCGGUAAAGCCCAGGAGCCGACAAGACGCUAGGGCACGUGUACUGUUUCUAUUAUAAAUCACGAGCUAAGAACAACGUUGAACUAUCGGCGUAGUUUAGUAUUUGCUAAUUUUACUACACUUUUUUUGUUAUGUAUAUGUAGGGAGGUCAUAGGGAUUAUAAAUUCAAUUUGAGUAAAGUUUAAAAACCAUAUAUAUUUUAUGAUAAAAGGGCCUUUAACUUAUGAUGGCCAAAGCACUGAUAUUAUAUAUUUGCUGUAAAGAGAAUUAUAAGAGUUUUAUUUUUCUGAUAUUAAGAGUUACUUAAUAAAGACUGGUUUCCAUUAA